AUGGACGCUAAUCCACUGCUAGAAUGCUUUGCAUUUACUUUACAUCCAGAUGCUAGUACCAGAACUCAAGCCGAGGCAAGUUUGAAAGAAGCUAGCGCAACGCCGGGAUUCCUUGGUGCAUGUUUGGACAUUAUAUCAUCUAAUGAAGUUCCUGAACAAAUUAAAUUAUCUGCAUCAUUAUAUUUUAAAAAUAAGAUCAACUAUGGUUGGAAUCAAGAACAAAAUGGUGGUAAUAAAAACAGUCCAGUAUAUUCGGUAGACAAUGAUGAAAAACCAGUUAUAAAAGAUAUGCUAUUACAAACUAUGUUGCAAUGUGCCAAACAAUCUCCAAGUUGUAUCAGAAUUUUGAAUUCGGCCCUAUCUACAAUUAUUGCAUAUGAUUAUCCUGAGAAGAAAUGGGAAUCUUUGCUACCCCAAUCAAUGGAGUUAUUAUCAUCCAAUAACGAUAUAGACUCUAUCCAUAUUGGUUUAUUAUGUCUUUCUGAAAUCUUUAGAACUUAUAGAUGGAAAAACAAUGAUGAUAGACAGGAGCUAGAAAUGCUAAUCAUGCAAUCUUUCCCAAACCUAUUAGAAUUUACCAACACUACGUUAUUUCAGGAAGGUAAGAAUAUGAAUGAUGCCAAAUUUGGUGAAUUAGUUAAAUUAGUCAUUAAAAUUUACAAAUUCGUUGUUUACACAGAUUUACCCUUUGUGUUGCAACGUCCAGAGUCUUUUAUUCCCUGGGCUAACUUUUUCGUUGCCAUUAUACAACAAGAUCUACCAACUGAAUUAUUGAAUUCCACUGCAAAUGAUAUAGAUUCGAGAAAUAGAAAUCCAUGGGUUAAGUGUAAAAAAUGGGCUUAUGCAAAUUUGUACAGAUUAUUCCAAAGAUAUGCAUCCAGAUCACUUACCAGGAAAUUCGAUUAUAAAGAUUUUAAAGAGAUGUACCUAUCACAAUUUUUACCUCAAUUAUUAAACCUAAUUUUCCAACAAAUUGAAAGAUGGGGCAAUAGAUCUUUAUGGUUAAGUGAUGCAUCCAUAUAUUACUGUUUGAACUUUAUUGAACAAUGUGUCGUACAAAAGACUACAUGGAAAUUAGUGGAACCUCAUUAUACUGUCAUUUUACAACAUGUUAUAUUUCGUUUAUUGACACCAACUGAGGAGACAUUAGAGACAUUUGAAAACGACCCACAGGAAUAUAUUCAUAGAAAUCUCGAAUUAUGGGAUGAUGACUAUUCCCCAGAUCUCGCUGCCAUUGCCUUAUUAAUAACAUGUAUCACAAAGAGGGGCAAAGUAACGUUACAACCAACUUUGGAAUUUAUUAUAAGCAACUUACAAGCUAAUGUUGGUGAUUUCCAAAAUAUCACCUUAGAAAAUGCCGUCCAAAUUGAAUCUUCUUUGAAGAUCUUCUCUAGUAUUAUUGAUAGACUAACUGCAAAGGACUCGUUUGCCGCAGAGGUGGAACAAUUUUUAAAAGCAUUCGUUUACCCGUUCUUCUCAUCUAAUUAUGCUUUUUUGAGAGCCCGUGCUUGUGAAAUUGCAUCUAAAUUGGAAGUUGUUGAAUUUAGAGAUACUUCAGUGAUGCCAGUUAUUUAUCAAGGUAUCAUGUCAUGCUUUAUUGAGGAUAACGACUGCUUACCUGUAAAUUUGGCAGCUGCAUUAGCCAUGCAAGCAUUUAUUACCAAACGAGAUUUCAAAGAGGCAUUAUCGCCCGCAGUUAUUCCUACCAUGCACAAAUUAUUGGCUUUAUCUAAUGAAUUUGAAACGGAUGCGGUAUCUGGGGUCAUGCAAGAAUUCGUGGAGCAAUUUGCUGAACAGUUACAACCGUUUGGUGUGGAAUUGAUGAAUAAUUUAGUACAACAAUUUUUGAAAUUUGCUAUUGAUUUACAUGAAGCAUCUAAUUACGAUCCAAAUAACAUGUUGGCACAGAAUGAUAUACCUGAUGAAUCCGACAAACAAAUGGCUGCUCUAGGCGUCCUUUCGACUGCGAUCUCUAUCUUAUUAUCGUUUGAAAAUUCACCCGAGAUUGUUAAGAAUUUGGAACAAUCUUUCUAUCCUGCAGCUGAAUUCAUAUUGAAAAAUGACAUGGAAGAUUUCUAUCAUGAAUUGUGUGAAUUCUUAGAAAGUUCCUCAUUUUUAUUAAAAACUAUAAGCCCUAUUGCCUGGAAGGUUUUGGAAUUAAUUGGAGAAUGUAAUAGAAAGCCUGAAAGUAUGGUUGCUUUUUAUUUGGAAGAUUUUCUUGUCGCAUUGAAUAAUAUCCUUGUUUAUGGGAAAGAUGAAUUGCAAAAGAAUGAUUUUUAUUCCAAGAUUCUCUUCGAAAUCUAUCAAAAGGCAAUUUCUUCUGAUGAUAAUUCAUUAAGUGAACUUGUCAGUAUCUUCGAACUUUCACAAAAGAUGACGCUGGCGUUAGGUCAAAAAUUGCAACCGGCCUAUAGGGAACAAUUUUUAAAAGAUGUAAUUAACGCAAUAGUUACAGAAAAGGAUGCUGGCUUGAAGAAACAUGUGGUUUUUGGUGUUACUUCAUUCAAUGUCAUUAUAGCAAACAUGAUUUCCGAACCUUUAUCUACGUUAAACUUUCUACAACAGGCGAAUAUAUUGGAGUUAUUCUUCCAAACCUGGUUUACAGUAUACAUCCCAAACUUCCAAAGAGUUUACGACAUUAAGUUAUCAUUGAUCGCAGUAUUGGAUAUGAGUUGUAAUGUUAGUGAGAUGGAAUUGAACGCAUUGUCUCUAAAUUCGAUUGUUCCACAAUUAGGUAAAGUUCUUGUUCAAUUAAUUGGGAAACUCCCUAAGGCCAUUAAGGAUUUAGAAGAUAAGAGAAAGGAAUUUUCGGCAUUUGGAUCAGAAAAGUUCGAAGGUUGGGAUGACACCCUCGCUGGUGAUUAUGAUGACGAGGAUGAAGAAGAUGGUGCUGCAGAUGCAGAUGGAAAUUUCGACGAAUUAGUCGAAAUGUUAAGAAAAGAUAACGAUUAUGCUUUUGUUAACGGUGGCUCUUUUGGUGACAACGAUACCUUUGAUGAUCUUGAAGAAGAUCCCCUCACGGAGUCGAUAUUGACAAGUAUAGAUGCUUUUGCGUUUUUCAGAAACUCCAUAUCAUCACUACAACAAGGAAAUGUUGAAAGAUAUCAGGAAAUUAUGGCUACUUUAACGCCCGAUGAUGAGCAGAUACUCAAUCACGUCCUAAGCUUAUAG